GCACUUUUUUGUUCAUUUUUUUGCUUUUCAUCAAUUUUGAUACUUUCCUUUUGUUUGCGAAUUCGAGGUGAAAAAGCUGAAAUUCCGCCUUUUCUUCAAGACAUUUUUUACUUUGUCUUUCUCUCCCUUUCUCUGUUUUUAUCUUUAAUAUUUGGCUCUGUAUACGCGCGUGCACAUAAACACAUUCAUUUUUAUCCUAUUUUUAUCCUCAUUAUUUAGUAUUAAAAAGGCUUGCAAUGAGCAAAUGCGACGAGAAUUCGGUUAUCGAGGAGGAGCUGGACGAGGAGCCCCGGAGUAUCAUUAUUAGCAUGAUUGGCCAGCUUCGCAAGGAUAUGGACCUGUCACGCAUCACCUUUCCGACAUUCGUGCUAGAGCCGCGAAGCUUCACCGAGCGGGUGACAGAUUUUAUGUCGCACCCCGAUUUCUUGAUAAAUGCAAGCAAGUGUGAGGAUCCGAUUGACCGCUUUAUCGGAGUUGUAAAGUACUACAUGUCGGGCUGGCACAUCCACCCAAAGGGAGUAAAAAAACCCUACAAUCCAAUUCUGGGCGAGUUUUUCCGCUCUCAGUGCACAUUCCGCGACAGCACCAGCGCCUACUUUGUCUCUGAGCAAGUCUCACACCACCCGCCAAUUACCGCCAUGUUCUACCAUAGCCCCGAACACCACAUUUCCAUUGAAGGCGAUCUGCGGCCAAAAAGCCGUUUCUUUGGCAACAGCGUGGGCAUGCUCCUCGAGGGCUACGCCAAGGUUCACUUCAACAAGCGGAACAACGAAGAGUACCUGGUGACUUACCCCAACAUGUACGCUCGUGGCAUUCUUUUCGGCAAGAUGGUUCUAGAGUUGGGCGAGACAUCAACGGUGACGUGCGAGAAGAGCGAUUUGAUGUUCGAGGUUGAGUUUAAGACCAAGGGCUUGAUCUGGGGUACGUAUAACCAGAUCGCGGGCAAAAUCAAGCGCAUAUCGACUAAGGAGACCGAGCCCACGGUUCUUUUCGACUCGACCAAGGAGAAUGUCGUUCCGCAGACCGUUGCUUGCGUGGCUGAGCAGGAGCCCAACGAGUCGCGCAAUUUGUGGAAGUUUGUUACAAAGGCCAUUGUAGAGAAUGACCUGGAUGCGGCCACCGCGCAAAAGAGCGCCACUGAGGUAAUUACAAAGUGGAUUUUCACGAAAGCCGGUGUCCAGGAGACGGAAGGAAAGGAAAAAGAAAUCCAAGAUUUUACAAAGCCCGAGGAGGAUUCCGUGGUGCUGGCUGGCAUCAAACCCCGGCGCCAUUAAUUCGACAAAGUUAAAAUAUUUUAACUUUUGUUUCAGAAAAAAAGAGAUUGUCUACAACUGCUUUUAUAUGUUUUUUAUUUCGUUCAUUCCCAAUUUUCCUUCCAAUGAAUUGAUUUUGUUUAAUUGAGAAUUUUGAUAG